AUGAGACACAGCUCGCCCUCAGCCCUGGCCUGCCUGGACCAAGCCCAGCCCUGGGCACAGCCAAGCUUCCCUUGGCCACAGGUCCUGUGGUCGCCCGCCCGGCGCCAGAUCGUUCUUGACGUUGGCUGCGGCUCUGGGAUCCUGUCAUUUUUCGCUGCCCAAGCUGGAGCAAGGAAGAUCUAUGCAGUGGAGGCCAGCACCAUGGCCCAACACGCCGAGGUCAGCAUCCCACUGGUGCCCAGCCCCGUCCUUGUCCUUCAGCUCUAUGAGGACGUGUGUGUGUUUAAGUGCUCGGUGUCCCGGGAGACGGAGUGCAGCCGUGUGGGCAAGCAGUCCUUCAUCAUCACGCUGGGCUGCAACAGUGUCCUCAUCCAGUUUGCCACACCGAAUGAUUUCUGUUCCUUCUACAACAUCCUGAAGACCUGCCGGGGCCACACCCUAGAGCGAUCAGUGUUCAGCGAGCGGACGGAGGAGUCCUCUGCCGUGCAGUACUUCCAGUUUUAUGGCUACCUGUCACAGCAGCAGAACAUGAUGCAGGACUAUGUGCGGACAGGCACCUACCAGCGUGCGAUCCUGCAGAACCACACUGAUUUCAAGGACAAGAUCGUUCUUGACGUUGGCUGCGGCUCUGGGAUCCUGUCAUUUUUCGCUGCCCAAGCUGGAGCAAGGAAGAUCUAUGCAGUGGAGGCCAGCACCAUGGCCCAACACGCCGAGGUCUUAGUGAAGAGUAACAACCUGACCGACCGCAUCGUUGUCAUCCCCGGCAAGGUGGAGGAGGUCUCGCUGCCCGAGCAGGUGGACAUCAUCAUCUCAGAGCCCAUGGGCUACAUGCUCUUCAAUGAGCGCAUGCUUGAGAGCUACCUCCAUGCCAAGAAGUACCUGAAGCCCAGCGGAAACAUGUUCCCCACCAUUGGUGACGUCCACCUCGCACCCUUCACGGAUGAACAGCUCUACAUGGAGCAGUUCACCAAGGCCAACUUUUGGUACCAGCCAUCCUUCCAUGGAGUGGACCUGUCGGCUCUCCGAGGCGCCGCAGUGGAUGAGUAUUUCCGGCAGCCUGUGGUGGACACAUUUGACAUCCGGAUCCUGAUGGCCAAGUCUGUCAAGUACACAGUGAACUUCUUAGAAGCCAAAGAAGGAGAUUUGCACAGGAUAGAAAUCCCAUUCAAAUUCCACAUGCUGCACUCAGGGCUGGUCCACGGUCUGGCUUUCUGGUUUGACGUUGCUUUCAUCGGCUCCAUAAUGACUGUGUGGCUGUCCACGGCCCCAACGGAGCCCCUGACCCACUGGUACCAGGUCCGGUGCCUGUUCCAGUCACCGCUGUUCGCCAAGGCCGGGGAUACGCUCUCAGGGACAUGUCUGCUUAUUGCCAACAAAAGACAGAGCUACGACAUCAGUAUUGUGGCCCAGGUCGACCAGACGGGCUCCAAAUCCAGUAACCUCCUGGAUCUGAAAAACCCCUUCUUCAGAUACACGGGCACAACACCCUCACCGCCCCCCGGCUCCCACUACACGUCUCCCUCUGAGAACAUGUGGAACACGGGCAGCACCUACAACCUCAGCAGUGGGAUGGCCGUGGCUGGGAUGCCGACGGCCUAUGACCUGAGCAGUGUUAUCGCCGGCGGCUCCAGUGUGGGCCACAACAACCUGAUUCCUCUAGCCAACACGGGGAUUGUCAAUCACACCCACUCCCGGAUGGGCUCCAUAAUGAGCACAGGGAUUGUCCAAGGCUCCUCCGGCACCCAGGGCAGCGGUGGUGGUGGCUCGAGUGCCCACUAUGCAGUCAACAGCCAGUUCACCAUGGGUGGCCCUGCCAUCUCGAUGGCCUCGCCCAUGUCCAUCCCGACCAACACCAUGCACUACGGGAGCUAGGUGCAUCGGGCCCUGACAGACUGACAGCACCAGGAAACCAAAUGAAGCCCCUGCCACCCCACCUCUGCCCGGGCGGCUCUCCCCCUUGUACUGGACAAGCCCGAACACCCGGUCACAGCCCUCUUUGCUAUGGGAACUUGGACACUUUUUUACACAAUAUUGCCGCCGCUGCCUCCCCCACCCCCACCCCCUGGCCCUGAGCCCGUGUCGCUGCCAUAUUUUACACAAGAUCAUGUUGUGGGCGCCCUCGUCCCCCCUCUUGCUGUCUCCACCCUGACCUGGCUUUGACAUCUGCUGUAACAGGUGUGUCGGGGCCUGACAGCAGCACCCGGGUGGGGACAGAGGAGGGGAGCAGCUGCCACCACGGCCCAGGCUGCCCAGCCCUGCACUGCCCUGCCCAGCCCGGCCCCUUAGCACCUGCCCCCCUGGUCUGGAAGGCAGCCCGGGUGGGCGGGGCCUCCCCUCCAGUGACCAGGCCUUGGUCACAAUGGGCGUGACAUGCUGCUUUUUUUAAUUUUAUUUUUUUACGAAAAGAACCAGUGUCAAUCCACAGACCCUCUAAGAAGACAGGCCGGCCGGGCCGAGCCAGCAGCCCCUCUCCCCAGACUCAGAGGCUCAGUGGUGAGGGGCGGCCCGGCCAAGUCUUCGGGGCAGGCCAGGCCUCUGGGGCCCACAGUCCCCUCCCUACCAAAGGGUUCACCUCACACUUGAAUGUACAACCCACCCUGCUGUCGGAAAGGCCCUCCGUCCUUGGCCCCUGCCUCUUGCUGCUGUCCUGUCCCUGAGCCCCUGCAGGUCCCCCCAACCCCUCAACAGCUAGAACAGGCGGCCUACAGGCCCUAGGCCUGGGAGGAAGCGUUCCAUUCGCCACUUGGGGCAGACACAGAGAAACCUCAAAGAUCUGUCAUGGAAGGCGACUUUUUUCCUCGUAGCUAACAUUAGGCCUGUGUGUUCCCCAUCAUUCUUCUAGACGCUCCAGUCCCUACAACUAUGAUGGCAUUUUGGUCCCACCCCAGCCUGGGAAAGGACCUUGCAGGGACCUCCCUCCCAAAAAAGAGAAAAAGAAAAACAAAAUAAACAAGGAAAUGUAUGUUUCAGCACAGGCAGUUUUCUUCUACUUCUGCUCCCCCUAUUUCUAACACCCCAAACUUGGACGCUGGAGAUCAGACCAGGCCCCAAGCCUACUAAGUGUGCACCGCAGGAGGGAUGGGCACACGCGGGGCUGGGCUGCCCCUCAGCCCUCCCUCCCGUUCCUUGGGCAUAGUAGCGUCAGGGAAAGCCCAAUGGCCCAGAAGGCAGCCCGGAGGGUGCGGGGGCCCAUCCCUGUCUCUGCUAGGCUGCCCCCUCCCCCACCUUUAUAUAAAUUCUCUGAAUCACCUUUGCAUAGAAAAUAAAAGUGUUUGCUUUGUAAUAA